AUGCAUAAUUUUAGAGUAUCAAUUAACACAAAUUUGCAGACUGAAGAGAAUGAAAAUGAUUUAACGGAAAAAUUCGCAUGGACUUAUACCCCGAGGUAUAGUAACAACAAAAAAAAUCCAUUCAGAUUAUCGACUUUUAAUCUGAGGGAUUUAGAAGAGCAACAAAAAAAUAAUCUGAAAUCAAAUUCUAAAAGCCUAUCCCCAGUCAAUAAAAAAAGAAGCACAGCUUUUGCAAGAAUAACAGACCCUAGACUAGCAAUUUCUAAAAGCCGAUUUAUGAAAUCCAAAGCAAAACUUAAAGAGGAGGUUUCUAAAUAUAAAAAAAGUGAGGAAGAAUUAAAAAGUUUUAAGCUUGAAAAAGUGAAGAUUAUUAAAAAAUUAGAAGAUUUAGAUUAAAGAGCUUAAAGUCUUCCAGUUUUGAUGCCUCCACACGCAUGAGAUCGCCGGAGCCUGCUUACAAGGAGGAAUUCAGUCGCAUGAACCCUGUCUCAACAAUGGUCUACUCUCGGGACUGGGGCUUGCAUCGAUUUCCCUGAGUCUCGACGGGUUAUUAAGACUCCUCUUGCUCCACAUCAUUCCAUCCUAUGGAGCCAAAGGUCAGCCCGAUUGCUCCAGUCGACCCCUUGAUGAAGGGCAACAUCCAGGAAAAAAAAGACCACGAGACUAAAAACCAUCCGGAUAUCUAUAUCUAGACUGGAAUAACCUCCAGCUGGCUCCUAAGACUUGCCCACCCCUACAGCCGCUCGAGGCAAGCGAAGGGUUAAAGGGACUGAACCUUGGAAUAGGUUAUAAAGCGAUUUUGGUGCCAAAGUGGUGCGUCAUCGUCAAAGACAUGUUGCUGCCAUCACUAUAUUAAUUAUAAAUUAGAAGAGGAUAAAUUCAUAAAAAUAUCGAAAAGUGUGGACAAGGCGAAUUUAAUGAAAAGUAACUUUGUACAUAAAAGGUUAAGAGAAUUAUUAUGUUUACCCUUGCUUUAUAUAUAAGAAAUUCAAAUAACUACAAUAAGGUAAUCUAAGGGAAAAUGCAUACCAGAAAAAGAACGACAAAUAAAACGAUAUGAAAGGAAAAUUGAAAAUUACGAGAAAGACAUAGAAGAAUACCAGAAUAUUCAUGAAAAGCUUAAAAAUGAAAUAAAAAAUAUUGAUUCAAUAAUUGAUGAUCUCGAAAAACAGACAGAUUCCUCAAAAGAUGAGUCACAAUCAAUCAAAAAUUAUUUACCAACACUCGAUUUAGAAAUCAAGGAAUUAGAAAAAUUAAUUGAUACUACAAAAUCACAACAACAUGAGAUAAACAAAAAAAAUUGCGAAAUCAGAGCAAAAACUCAAUCAGUCGAAUACACAAAUCUUGCCCUAAAACACGAUAUAAACAACAUCGAAGACGAAAUACAAAAAAGGAUGCAAGAGCUCUUCAUUCUAAGAGAGGAGUGCCGGGAAAGCCAAAACAGACAAGUUUUGACCAUAUUAACUGAAAAUGACCAAAUCCUAAAAGACAUGGAAAUUUUAAUUUCUUGCUCAGACCCUCCCCUUGAAAAUUCAGAAUCUUCUGACCUCACCACAUGCUCCACUCAUGGCAACGAAGCCUCUAAUUCAAACUGCUGCCAAACUGACUUCGAAAAAGAAAUCCCACAAAAUAAGCAGGAAAAUAAAAUGUCAAAGCGUUGAUACAACCCUAUAAAUUGGUUUUGAAAGUAA